CCACACCAGUCACACUCACAAAUCACACAAAUCACAACCAAAGUAGUCAGCUCUCAGUUUCUGAGAGGAAAAUGGGAGAAAUCGGAACCAAGAGAUGGAACUUCGGAGCCAACGAGGUCGUCGAACGAUCAAGCUCUCUGAGCAUUCGUGAGUAUCUACAUACCUUGAUUAGUAAUCUCGACGCCGGCGACUCCAGACCCAUCAUCCCUCUCGGACACGGAGAUCCUUCUCCGUUCCCGAGUUUCAGCACCGACCCAUCCGCCGUCGAAGCAAUCUGUGAUUCUGUCCGCUCCACCAAGUUUAACAAUUAUUCCUCUGCUUCUGGUAUCCCUGUCGCUAGGAAGGCUGUUGCAGAGUACCUCUCUCGCGAUCUCUCUUACAAGAUAUCUCCAAAUGAUGUUCAUAUCACAGCUGGUUGUUUGCAAGCCAUUGAGAUUUUGAUCUCCGCACUCGCAACUCCCGGUGCAAACAUCCUGCUUCCUAGGCCCACUUACCCGAUGUAUGAUUCAAGAGCGUCUUUAAGCCAGCUAGAGGUUCGUUAUUUUGACCUCCUACCAGAAAAUGGCUGGGAUGUUGAUCUCGACGCAGUUGAAGCUCUUGCAGAUGACAAAACCGUGGCUAUUGUUCUUAUCAACCCUUGCAAUCCUUGUGGAAACGUUUUUUCUCGCCAACAUCUUCAAAAGAUUUCAGAGACGGCUUGCAAGCUUGGAAUACUUGUGAUCGCAGAUGAAGUAUAUGACCAUUUUGCAUUUGGGGACAAACCAUUUGUGUCCAUGGCUGAGUUUGCAGAGAUAGUGCCUGUAAUUUUGUUUGGCGCCAUAUCGAAAAGAUGGUUUGUUCCUGGCUGGAGACUUGGCUGGAUGGUGACUCUUGACCCUCAUAGCAUCAUGAAAGAUUCUGGGUUUCUUCAGACUCUAACCAACGUCCUCAACAUGUCCACGGAUGCUGCAACGUUCAUUCAGGGCGCAGUUCCUGAUAUUGUUGGGAACACGAAAGAAGAAUUCUUCUCAUCGAAACUCGAAAUGGUGAAAGAAUGUGCUGAGCUUUGUUAUGAAGAGAUUAUGAAGAUCCCUUGCAUCACUUGUCCCUGCAAACCAGAGGGGUCAAUGUUCACGAUGGUGAAGUUAAACCUUUCUCUACUCGAAGAUAUCAGUGAUGAUUUGGACUUCUGCUGCAAGCUAGCCAAAGAGGAGUCCAUGAUUAUCCUACCAGGUCGAGCUGUUGGGCUUAAGAACUGGCUACGUAUCACAUUUGCGGUUGAGCACGAGCUCCUCAUUGAUGGGUUUUCCAGGAUAAAGAACUUUGCUCAGAGACACUCCAAGAAGCAGCAGCCAUGAGUAUGAAGUCUGUCUCAUUCUCUCUCACUUUCAAUAGCCAAAGCAAAUUAGAUUUUGCUGAGAGGCAUCUGAAAUGACAAUGUUGGUUACUUUGUAUGUAAUCACUAAUAAAGCUUUAAUUCUCUUUGAACAAAGAAACAAACCACUGUUGCAAGAAGCAGCUAUGACCAUAAGAUUGAAAAUUUGCUCAGAGG